AUGAACUAUUCCUGCCCUUACGACGUCAACUCUUUAAUUGAGUUUACAAACAUCAAGUGCGAAUCACCAGAUAAGGAAUUUAGCAACUUUGAAUAUUGUCGUCUGAAAUCUGUUAAUCGGACCUACAAAUACUUUUCUCUAAAAGCAAAUCUUUAUAAAACUCCGGUUACCGAUGUUAGGGUUAAUCUGGCUUUAUAUAAAUUUGAAAAUGGGUAUAAGCCCUUUCUCUACAAUAUAACAUACGAUGCCUGCAAGUUUAUGAAAAAUAAAAAGUCCAAUCCAGUUGCUCUUUAUUUCUAUAAUUUCUUUAAGGAACGAUCCAAUGUAAACCACACCUGUCCUUACAACCAUGACAUUGUGGUGGAGAAGAUUUCAACUGAGUUUGUAAACCACCAAAUGACUAAUGUUCUACCUUUUCCGGAGGGAAAAUAUAUGUUCAAAAUGGACUGGAUGGCCUAUGACAUUAAACGAGCUGUGUUUAAAAUAUAUAUUUUACUUUCAUAG